ACCGACCUCAAGUGCUUAAUAAAAGGACGCCAUUCUUCCCUACUCUUGCCAACACUACACUCUCUCAGAGGAACUUGAAGUAGCCGCCUUCCUUCCUUUUCUUUUAUGCUUGGAUGGAAGAAAUGCAGAGAAGCAAGCGAAGGCGGAUCUAUUCGCUCGAACCAAAUGCCACAAUAUACACCGGCUUUCCGCAUAAAUAUGUGAGUCAUCUGCUGCCAGCUCUCACUAAAGCCACUAGCCUUAUUUCUUGUGGUGGAAAUAACGAUGUGGACAUUGAGAAGAUGUUGAGGUUCGAAGUGGACAUGGCUCUGGUGCUCUCUGCCACCGGCUUCAAAUGGAGUCGUGCCCUGAAACGCAAGCUCGAGCAACGCAUGAACUCCAACCAACUUCAUCAACCCCCCACGGGCCGUUCGAGCAUCGUGAGAACGACGAGCAAACACCAGAUGCUCGACCAUCUUCUACCACCCCUGCCCAUUCCUCCACCUCUAGUUCUGACAGAGGAAACUAGGCCAAAAAGAACAAUAUGGCAGCGGAGGAGGAGUGACGACAAGCAGACCAGAGGAGAAAAGGAGUUCACCUACCGCACGAGGAUUCUGAGGGGGAUUUUGCCUGGUGGGAAUGAGAUGGAUCUGUGCGAGUUGCUUUCCGAAGUGGAGAGCUAUGUGGUUUGCCUACAAUUGCAGGUGACCAUCCUUAGGUCUCUCGUUGAUACCCCUUGACGCGCUUCAGUUUCAUGUGCUUGGUUUUUCAGCAGGCAAUAAGCUAUAUGGCACUCAUUGCCAGGACGCCAGAAUGUAGAUAGAGAGUUUAAAUUAUUGUGGGGAAAGAACCCAAUCGUCAAAUGUAAUGCUAGCUCGUGAGUUGAUGUAACUUGUUUUGUGAAAGAUCAUACCUUAAGGCGUGUGAAAUGGUCAUCAACAACAUGAGCUUGAGUAGUUGUGAUCAUUGCGUAGGUUUGGCAUUUGGUGGUAUGGGUCCUGUAACUAGGGA